AUGUAAAGCAAACAAGGUCAUUCAUAUCUAUGGUCUCAUAAGAGUUCUAAAAGUGAAUGUAUUAAAAAAACAGUCAAUCACUUAAACUAUUCGAUUCCAUGUAUCAAUUGUGAUUCUCUUAUUCCAACUGUUGAUGUUGAUAAACAUACCUAAUUGUGUCAAGCCAAUACACCACCUCACAGUUCUUAAUCCAAAGAUUUAACAGCAAUGGAAGAAACUGACAUUAAGCUCAAAAAAUUACGAUAAUCAAUUGUAAUUUAAUCUAAAACUGAAACAAACACACAUAAUAAAAAAUAUCUCAUAAGAGCGGCAGAUCUUUGCACUUAAAUCUUGAAAUUGUAGAAUUUGGACAACAGGGAAUUUCAAAAAAUAUUAGAUAUUUCAGAGGAAAUAAAGAUGAUAACCGAAUCAUACAAAGGAGUGUUGCUUGUUCAAUUAUUUUUAGAAAGAUUACACUCUUUAUCAUUGGUCAAGCAGUAGAAUAUGAAAUCUCUUAUCUAAGAACAGUAUUAAUUGAUAAACAAUUUAUAAAAAAGAAACAUUCAAGAUAUUGAUAAAUAAUCAUUUAAUUUCUUAAUAAAUAAGGAAGAGCAGACCAAUGUUUAAUAACGUCUUGGUUAUUAAGCUUAAACUAGCACUAACUAUUUGAGAUAAAAUGAAAUAUUUCGUAAAACAUAAAUAACGAAAUUUUCAAGGGAAAAUUAAAAAUAAACUGUGUGUGAAUUAAAAAGUGAAAUCUUAACUAAAAUGUCUAGUUCAUAAUGUGAAGAAGAAGUUCAGGGGGGUGAAGAUAUUCAAAAUUCUAAUAAUUAUUAGAGGCUAUUCUAUUCGAAAUGCCUGAAUAUGAAGGCUCAAUUAUCUAAUAUUGAUCCAGCUUAAAAAGUUCCGCUUUGUGUGCUGUUUAAAGAAGUUCUAAGUAGAAGGAUUCCGAUUACCUAAUGGAAUUAGUUUAUACUAUCAGCUUUUGAUAAACCUUCAUAAUAUUUAGAAUAGUAGAAAUAAAACCUAUUUAAUUAAGCAUCCGCAUUCCAAAAUUCAGCUAAACAAUUUGCAAUCAAUAGUAAUUUCAAAGAAAGAUUAAGAAAUCUUAAAAUAAUAUGA